AUGUCAGAGCCCCAAGAACCCGCGCUUGCGUGCCAAAGGAGUGGCUAUGACAGCGUCAUACCUUUCUCCGAAGGGUCGCUCGACAAUGCCGACAAUGAGGACACCGGAGAUCAAUACGAAGACUUGAGCGCUCUAGAAUACGCACGCCAAUCUGAGCUGACCAUACCCUACACUGCGGAACUAACGUUUGCCGGUCGUGUCACGCCUGUAUCAGAUCAAGAUUUCGAAACGGAUCUUCAAGAUCCCAUCGGCAUCUCACUAGUGGACUUGGCUUCGGAUUUCGUCUUAAAAGAACGACUAACUCUGAGCAAAGACGUAGCGAUACUCUUGAAGCUAACAUGUUCCCAACCGGUACUGCCCGACUACCAGGAUCCAACCGUUGACGACCGGCGUAGAGUGGCGCAGCUCAAAUUAGAGCUACCAUUGUUGCGUUCUGAUAAUGAAGCUGACCUGCGCAAUUUCGGAAGUAUCGCAGUGCCGAAAUUUGGAACGCUCAAAUUACCUCUCGAGCUGGUUGAUGACGACAAUGACGAAGGGCUCGCCUGGCCUUCGAGGUAUCUUGCUCUGCCAUUUGUCAAGCACCAGGAGGCAGGAAAAGAGAGACUGCAAAUAUCAAAAGAAGAUCUCUUGUUUCUCCAGUCGGCCAUGAAAGACUCCUACAUCCCCAGAGAUCUCGACGAAAUGAAGGCCGAGGCAGAUCAGUACAGACGAGUACUCUCUGAUCUCACUAACUCAACAGCCGCAGAAGGACAAGCGCUUGACGACCACCUUAUGAAAAUGGACUCAAUCCUUCCUCCUACAAUGUAUACUGGUUCUGGUAAGAGUGAAUCAUUGCUUCCUGGCGACGUUCAUAUCGGUCAAAUCUACAGUCCGCUCCGUGAUCUAUCAGAGCUUCCAUCUUCGUCACCUCGGAAGCGCAAAGCUGUUGAUCUAAAGAUCGAAGGCCCGCUUACUCCGCCCAUGACACUGGAGUCUUCAAGCAAAAGAACCAAGUCGGUUUCCUUCUCGGAUAUUGCUCAAGAGUUUCUUCCAACUUUAAAGCUCCCGCCCACGAUCAACUCUGGUGGCAACUUAAUCAGCUCUCAGAAUGACUUCGAGAAUUUCUUCGACGAAGUGAUCAAUCCGCGCGCAGUAGUAGCUAAUCAACGGCUCGAAAAUGAGCAACUUCAGGAGAUCGAUACGACUAGAAGAAUGAGUGUGCCCCAACUUGACUUCUCAUUGCCUCAGUCACCGUGGCUAGAGUUCCAGCAUAAGGCAAAUAGCAAUCAUGGGAGUGACGAGACAGAUCUAGCUUCUCAGAUGAGGCUACUCAAAAUCAUUCAACGCCAUGACUUCCAUGACUUCUCAUCAUGGCAUGGCGUCCGGCGACUUGAAAAAGAUCUUCCAUGGAGUCCAUUCCCGUCCCAGUUAGGCAAAGUUGCUCUAGAUGAAGAAAUUGAAGACGAUGCUUUCUUACUCCAGCUGCUGAAGGAUUUGAGUGGAGGGCAUCCCGUGGAUACUGAAGCCUUGACUUGGAAGCCAGAGGGGCUAAGAAUUCUUGAUUGCACAGAGGAAAGCGACGAAGAACUUGAAAUGGGAAAUUAUCGCCCAGAUAAGGACAUGGAGACUCUUCUACGAAAAAGGAGACUUGAAUUGGCGGAGGACGAGGAGAUGAGUUCUGAUGCGACAAGAAACGAUAAGCGUGUCACCGAGCAUGGCCUUCCAAUUGCCAAACGCGCAGCACCCGGCUCCAAGCAGGAAGCGAUCACUGGCACGACGAGAAAAGUUCACGAGCCAGACGGUGGCCUUAUGCUUGGCGGCAUAUUCUCAGCAUCCACAGCGCUGGACAAAUUCAUGGACAUGCGUGGCAAAGCACCCAAGAAACCUAACACGACAGAGAGAGACCCCAAUGUUGCUUUCUUACCGCUGAGAUCCGAAAAUACAACCCCAGAAGUCCCGCUCACUACUGAACAGUCAACGGCUGCUCUGAAGCCUACUCGGAAAGGCACCAGCGUGCCGCCUACAUCGGAUAACCUCCCACCUUGCUCAUUCAUCAUCUCAGCCGCGCUCCUAACACAACGCUAUCUGACUAGAGCUAUACAGAAAGUCUAUCCCGAAGUAGAGCUGAUCGAACGAGACUUCGAGGCUCCUAAUUCACCUGCCAAAGAAGCAGACCUGAUUCUUUCAGCUUCUACCGGGCUAGUGUUGACGACUCUGCAGCAGAUCAAACAACGGGCUCUGCCAGGACAGCCUGAUCACUCUUCAAUCAGGGCUGAAGUGCUUGCGUUAUCAGGUAGGUACGAGCAAUUAGUCGUGUUCGUCAGCGAGGGUCUCAGUGCAGAACGUGAGAGAGAUGGACUCGAGAAUCCACUGGACGACUAUGACACCAAAGCAUUGACAGAAUUGAAAGACUUCUGCUCGUCCAUGGAAGCGGCGGUGUCCAUCAAGUACGUACCCGGGGGAGAAGAGGCUCUUGCAAGAUGGAUUGUGUGGGCCAUGCAGCGCUGGGGUAUCUCAACGAUUCCAGAUAGGCCCAACGAGAUGAAGUUGCUGCAAGAGGAGACUUUGUGGGAGCUAUUUCUUCGCCGAUGCGGAGUGAAUGCGUAUGCAGCCCAAGCUAUCCUCGCCGCGCUGAAGCCUCCCCCCAACACACCGUUCUUAUCGACAUCCGAAUCGGAUCAAAACGAGACUCAGGUUUUCGGCCUUCCCGCUUUCAUCCUACUGUCAGCAGACGAGCGAGUCGAGCGUUUCCAGGUUCUUCUAGGCGGCAAUCGCAUCCUGAAUCGCGUGAGUGCGCUGGUUGAUCAGAGGUGGCCAAGUAGGCCGAAUGGAUGGCUUUUUGAUGGUAGUUCUGAAGCCGGUCGUUGAUUACUGGAUGAUGCCAUGUUUGAGUCGCAAAUCCCUGACACUCAUCUACCGUAUUUAUUCAUCCGGACGUCAUGUAUGGGCGGUUGAUGCUUCGAAGAUUUCUUUCUUAUGAUUUCUCUUUUAACUUUCACUGUUCUCGUUUCUUACAUCUGAGGGUUAUUCGAGGUCCAAUGUGGGGAGGUGCAAUAGUGGAUUGAAAGAUGCGAAGUUUCUUGGGGUGCAUGAGCUCUUCGAUUCCAGAAGGGGCACCGGAACAGAUGGAGCUCGGACCAGGACAGCUCUAAGUUUCUAUUGGCCAUUCAUCGGCGAAAAGGAGUCUAUUUUCUCUGCACUAGCGAGUCAAUGCAAGAUGUACAGGGAACUACCUGCACGAGGACCCCUAGCUGUGGUGGCCUGGGGAUACAGUUUCACAA